CAGCUCUUGUGCUGAAACGAAGGAACGCCUCCGUCACCCGCCUGGAACGGUCACUUCUGGGUAUCGCCAACAUGCUGCGUGGUCUCGUGCUCAGGCCGGCUCGCUCUAACUGCCCUCGUCUUAUCUCGGGAAACUCGCGUCUCUCUGCAACACCUCUUCUGCAACUUGGACGCGUCGCUGAGCGUCCGUACUUCUGCCCUCGGCCCCUCCUCGCCCGCCACUUCCAGACCUCUUUUCCUACCCGAUCCGAGACGCGUUUAGCUAUGGCACCUCAUGCGGUCAAUACUACGGACUGGCUGCACAAGCUGAGGGAUCUAAUGGCCCAGGACGGGUACUCUGUGGAUGCCAUCGUGAUCCCGAGCGAGGACGAACAUGCGAGUGAAUACCUGGCUGCCGCCGACGAGCGACGUGCGUGGAUUUCUGGCUUCACUGGGUCUGCAGGAUGCGCGAUCGUGACUCUGGACCGCGCAUACCUGUUCACGGAUGGGCGCUACUUCCUGCAAGCGAGCCAGCAGCUGGACGAUAACUGGACCCUAAUGAAGGUUGGCAUGCCAGACGUCCCCACCUGGCAGGAAUUCCUUCACAAGAAGCUCCCUCACAACUCCAAAAUCGGCAUCGACUCCACCGUCAUUUCCGUCUCCGACGCCGAGUCCAUCUCCAAAGAACUUGCCCCCCUCGGCUCUUCCCUAGUCCCGCUCACCACAAACCUCGUCGACGCGGUCUGGGGAGCCGCGAAGCCCGCGCGCCCCUCCAACGAGGUCUUCUACCUCGCGGAGGAGUUCUCCGGCGAGUCGCACACGAGUAAGCUGCAGCGCCUGCGUACAGCGCUGGAGGAGAAGGAGGCCAGCGCGAUGGUGGUGACGAACCUGGACGACAUCGCGUGGCUGUUCAACCUGCGGGGGUCAGAUAUCGACUACAACCCGGUGUUUUUUGCGUACGGGGUGGUCGAGCCGGAGCGUGCGAUUAUCUUUACGGACAGCAAGCGGGUAACGGAGGAUGCGAAGAAGCGGCUGGCGAAUGAUGUGGAGUUUCGUCCGUACCAGGAAAUCUGGGAUUACUUGAAGAACAACCUCAGGUCGCUGGUGGAGGGCAAGGAUAGCAAGGUGCUCAUUGCGAGCAAUGCCAGCUUGGCAGUCGCAAGCGCUUUCCAUCCGGACCGUGUCCUCGCCACACGUUCACCCCUAGCCGACCUCAAAGCCAUCAAGAACGAUGUCGAGCUCGAGGGCUUCCGUCAAUCCCACCUUCGCGACGGCGUGGCCCUCGUCAAGUAUUUCGCCUGGCUCGAAGCACAACUCAACAAGGGCGUUGAGCUCACGGAAGUUACCGCUGCCGACCAGCUGGAGGCUUACAGGGCAGAACAGGAGCACUGUAAGGGCCUGUCAUUCCCGACCAUAUCUGCGACCGGGCCCAAUGGAGCCAUCAUCCACUACGACCCCGUCCGAGAUGAUUGUGCCAUCGUCAAGAAGGAGCAGGUCUACCUCUGCGACUCCGGAGCUCAGUUCCUUGAUGGCACGACAGAUGUGACGCGGACAUGGCACUUCGGCACGCCAACUGAAGAAGAGCGCCGCGCGAACACCAGAGUAUUGCAAGGACAUAUCGCUAUUGCGACCGCUGUGUUCCCGAACGGGACGACGGGAUAUCUACUUGAUCCUUGGGCUCGUAAAUACCUCUGGCAAGAUGGCUUGGACUACAGACAUGGCACCGGCCACGGCGUCGGUGCCUUCCUAAAUGUCCACGAAGGCCCGCAAGGAAUGGGAACCCGCAUAACCGCCAAUGCUGUCCCCAUCAAGUCCGGCAUGACCAUCUCGAACGAGCCCGGCUACUACGCCGAUGGCAAGUUUGGCAUUCGUAUCGAGAGCAUCGUCCUCGCACGUCCUGCGGACACGCCGAACAACUUCGGUGACAAGGGCUACUUGCGGUUUGAGACGGUGACAAUGUGCCCAUUACACAAGAACCUUAUCGACGUCUCGCUUCUGAGUGCAGAAGACAAGAAAUGGAUAGACGGGUACCAUCAAACCGUAUGGGAGAAGCUCUCUCCCUUGCUAAAGGACGACACGCCAACGUUAGAGUGGUUGAAGAAGGAAACAUCUCCGCUGUAGUCUGUAUACCUCUGUCUUAAAUUCUGUAUUUAUCCCUGCAUAAAGCGAGCUACCCAAGCAACCACAUGGGCCCCCAGUCGUGAAACCUGCA